AUGUCGAUUGGAAAUCUUCAACAACUCUUGGAGGCAGUUAGCGCUGAGGAGGGCAGUGGCAAUGUCAUCGCAUAUUCUCAGGGAAACCUAGGCCACCUCAAGGUGUACUCGUACAAGCAGGUCCUCGAAGCUGCCCAGAAGGCCUCUUGGGCUCUUCGCUCGCGGGGUGAGACAUACCGUCCUGGAUCUGUCAUUCUUCUCCAUUUUGAGGCACACUGGGAUGCCAUUGUCUGGUUCUGGGCUACCCUCUUCGCUGGCUGUAUUCCUUGCAUGUCUACCGCUCUGUCGAACAACUCUGCCAUUCGCCUGAACCACCUCGAACACCUCUCCAAAGCCCUCAUCAACCCCAGCUGUCUGACCACGUCGACACUGUUGCACGAAUUCGCCGACCAAGAACACAUUAACCCCAUUCCAAUUGAGUCUCUCAAUGCCGAGAAGGCCACCUCCGAUGAGCUAAACAACAUAAACCGCGAGUCCAAGCAGACCGACGUCGCCCUGCUGAUGUUGACCUCCGGCAGCUCCGGCAACUCCAAGGCUGUCUGCCUCACCCACCACCAGAUUUUCACAGCCAUUGCUGGCAAAUACUCAGUUAUUGAACUGCCAGAAGGCACUUCCUUUCUGAACUGGAUCCGCCUCGACCAUGUUGCUGCCAUUGUCGAGAUCCACCUUCAGGCUCUCUUUGCCCGCAAGGACCAAAUCCACGUCCAAGCCCCUGAUUUCCUCGCUGACCCUCUCCAAUAUGUCAACCUCAUCGACAAGCACCGUGUGUCUCGUACAUUUGCCCCUAACUUCUUCCUUGCCAAGCUCCGUGCUGCCCUUCAGGGUCUGGAGGCGCAGAACAACCCUCGCAACUGGGACCUCAGCUGCCUGAAGUACAUCGCCUCUGGAGGUGAGGCUAAUGUCGUCAAGACCUGUGAUGUCGUUUCGCAGCUCCUGUCCCAAUACGGUGCCCCUGCCCAUGUCAUUGUUCCUGGUUUCGGUAUGACUGAGACAUGCGCUGGUUCCAUCUUCAACACCAAGUGCCCGACAUACGACAAGGAACGCUCUUUGGAGUUCACCUCUGUCGGUGCUUGCAUGCCCGGUAUCAAGAUGAGAAUCACCGAGGGAUCCAACAAUGAGACCGUCCCGGCUGGCGUUGUCGGCAACCUUGAGAUCAGCGGCCCUGUCGUCUUCAAGAGCUAUUUCAACAACCCCACUGCAACCGAGGAGUCCUUCUCCAGCGACGGCUGGUUCAAGACUGGAGACAAGGGCUCUAUUGACGAGACCGGCUACCUCACUCUGCAGGGUCGUGCCAAAGAGGCCAUGAUUAUUAAUGGUGUCAAAUACAACCCUCACGAGAUUGAAACCGCCCUGGACGAAUCGAAGAUCCCUGGUCUGACCCCCAGCUUCAACUGCUGCUUCUCCUACUUCCCCGCUGGAUGUGAGACUGAGGAGAUCUGCGUCACCUUCUUGCCCAGCUUCACCCCUGAAGACACCGUCGCUCGUGUCGAGACUGUAGAUGCCAUUUCGAAGUCCGUCAUGAUGGCGACUGGAUCCAAGGCUCAGGUCCUCCCUCUAGACCGAUCUCAGCUGCAGAAGUCUGCCCUCGGUAAGCUGUCGCGUAACAAGAUCAAGACUGCCUACCAGAAGGGCGAGUACAGGACUUACGAGGACAUCAACAACGAGACUGUCUCGCAAUACCGUGCUGCUACCCGCCAGAACCCCCAGAACGAGUUGGAGCAGCAGCUUCUCGACAUCUUCAUUCGCUGCCUCGGACUGCCCGAGAACGACUUUGACAUCAAAACCCCUGUCUUCAACAUGGGAAUCACCUCCGUCGAACUGAUCAAGCUGAAGAAGAACAUCGAGGAGCAUCUCGACCUCACUCAGGAGAUACCGAUGAUCACCCUCAUGACAAACACCACCGUGCAUGACCUCGCCAAGGCUCUGUAUGACCUCCAGGCUCCUCAUGAGUACAACCCCGUCGUGACCCUCCAGUCGCAGGGCUACAAGACUCCUCUAUGGCUCAUCCACCCCGGUGUCGGUGAAGUCCUUGUCUUCCUGAACCUGGCCAAGUUCAUUGUCGACCGUAAGGUGUACGCUCUCCGUGCUCGUGGCUUCAACGAGAGCGAGCAGCCAUUCCAGAGCAUUCCCGAGGUUGCUUCCACAUACCACACUGCUAUCAAGCAGAAACAGCCCGAAGGACCAUACGCCUUGGCCGGCUACUCGUACGGUUCCAUGCUUGCCUUCGAGGUUGGCAAGCUUCUCGAGAGCAACUGCGACAAGGUCAGCUUCCUGGGCUCCUUCAACCUCCCCCCUCACAUCAAGACCCGUAUGCGUCAGCUCGACUGGAAAGAGUGUCUCCUCCACCUGUCCUACUUCCUGGACCUGAUGACCGAGGCGCAUGCUCGUAAGCUCGCCGCAGAGCUGCGAGGCGCAACCCGAGAACAGGCAAUGGCUAAGGUCAUGGAAGACGCCGACCAGGACCGUCUGUUCGAGCUUGCUCUUUCACCAGAGGCACUGAAUAAAUGGGCUACUCUCGCAUUUGCCCUACAGAGCAUGGCCGUCGAUUAUGACCCUUCUGGCUCCAUUGCCAGCAUGGAUGUCUUCUACUGUAUCCCGCUUGCAGUCGUUGCCUCCUCCAAGGAGCAAUGGCGCAACGAGCACCUGAGUAAAUGGGUGGACUUCACCCGCUCCGAGCCCCGCUUCCACGAGGUCGGCGGUGCUCACUACACCAUGUUGGGACCUGAGCACGUCUUCAACUUCCAGAAGACUCUCCGUGCUGCUUUGGAUGCCAGAGGCAUCUAA